CGCUGUUGGUCUUGUUUUGACAUUUCUUGCUUUUCCUCGAAGAAGCUUGAAGAAAGAAUAAUUUACAGUUAAAAUUCUCAUUGUUUGAGUGGAAAAUCAGUAGGAAGGGACAUCCAGGAUGGGAGAUGAGAGAGUCCUCGUAAGUUUUACGUGCCAGAGAUGCCUUCAGCCCAUAAAGAUUGAUGAGACUUUCGAUAGAAUUGACGAGCAUAAAUUGGCUGAACUUUCUCUGCCAAUUAAUUCUAAUAUAGAUGUAGAUUUGGAAUCUCAGGCAAUGAGUUUUGAUCAAUUUGUCCCUCCGUUUGGUUUCCGGGACUCCGGAGCUGCGAAUUUUGAGGCAUUCCGUCGCAUUAGAGAUGGUUCCGGGAAGGUUCUCACACAGUAUGCUGUCUAUGGGACUGGAACGAAUGGCUUUAUGCUCAUUUCUGACGUCUGGGACAACGAUGUGGGGAGCCACAAGAUGAAAGUCAAAGCGGAAUUGUUUGAUAAGCUCUCAUCCAAUUCCGAAAUUGAUCAUCCACUGUGUGAUGAGUGCACAGACACCUUGCUGGAGAUGAUGGAUCAGCAGCUAAAGUUGGCAGAUAAUGACUUCAAUGACUAUCUGAGUUAUCUCAAGAAGUUGGAAGCUUCGGAGGAUGUUCCGGACAUCGAGCAGCUGGAGAAGGAAUUGGCAGAUUUGAGUACGGAGGAGGAACGCUUGGUGGCUGAGUUGGCUAUGCUCAAGACACAGGAGGAGGCCAUUAAAGUUUCCAUUGAGGGACAACAGGCUGAGCAGGAACGCCUCCGGGAUGAACAAGUAAAAUACUGGCGAGAGUACACAAAGCACCGACGUGAUCUCAUGGCAACAGAGGAUGAAUUUAGAAGUGUGGAGAAUCAUUUGGCCUACGCUCAAUCCCAGCUGGAUCGUCUCAAGAAGACAAAUGUCUUCAAUGUGACCUUCCACAUCUGGCAUUCCGGACACUUUGGCACCAUUAACAAUUUCCGCCUCGGGCGCCUUCCAUCCGCUCCUGUUGAUUGGUCAGAAAUCAAUGCAGCCUGGGGCCAGACAGCUCUGCUCCUUUCCGCCCUGGCACGAAAGAUGAAUCUCACCUUCAAGCGCUACAAACUCGUCCCUUACGGCAAUCAUUCCUACAUUGAGGAAUUUGAGACCGGGAAGCAGCUUCCGCUCUACGGCACAGGAGGCAUUCGAUUCUACUGGGAUACCAAAUUUGAUGCAGCCAUGGUGGCUUUCCUGGAUUGUCUGCAGCAAUUCAAAGAUGAGGUUGAGAAGGGUGAUUCAGGGUUCUGUCUACCCUACAAGAUGGACAAGGGGAAGAUUGAGGAUUCAGCCACGGGGAAUUCCUAUUCCAUCAAAAUUCAAUUUAAUUCCGAAGAACAAUGGACUAAGGCUCUCAAAUUCCUGCUGACUAACCUCAAAUGGGGACUUGCGUGGGUGUCGUCUCAAUUUGCAGAUGAUAAGCUUGAUGAUUAGAUAAUUUUCCUGUACAGUAUAUCCCCCUAUAAAGACUGCAAAAAUAAAAGUUUUAUUUCAGUUAA